AUCCAUCGCAUCCUCAAAGGCCCAAGCCUCCAAGAAAUCGUACCAAGCCCCCCAGUUCAGUUUUUAUUAAAAUAAAAACCACUUCACAACAAUCAAAAUGAAGACCACUGCUCUUCUCUCCGCCCUCACUCUUGCUGUUGUUGCCAUUGCCGCUCCUGCUGAGAUUGAGGCUCGCGGCGGCAGCGGCGGUGGCAGUAGCGGUGGUACCUGCAAUAGCGACAAUCAUCAGCAGGUAUGCUGCAAUGGCGGCGGCCUUCUGGGCCUGGCCUGUACUGUUGGAAUCCUUUCAACCGGCUGCAACCAAGGCACCUACUGCUGCGACACUGGAACGGCUAUUGGCGGUCUUAUCAACAUCAAUGCCCUCAACUGUGUUAAACUUUAGGAGAAUUGUGAAUCCACGAUUGGGAGCUUAUGGAUUCGGGGGAGGGAUGCAAGCAGUUUGGGAAUUGGGAAAUUGGCUUAAGGGGUAUUGAAGUCUUUAAAUAUUGUCUAUGGGCCUUCCGAAUUCUUGGAAGCCAGCCUCUCCUUUGAUGGAAUAUUUUAUAAGGUAUUAAGUUGGAUCUUCAGUUUGGUAACAGACACUCUUUAUAUAGGCCUGGUUGAUUAAGGUUAAAUUGAUAAGCUUGGAGGAAA